GAUGCCGGGGACGCUACUGGGGCUAGGAAGAAGGGGCUUCCUUUUCGCUCCCGGGGCUAAGCGCCUCUCCCUGAACUCGCAGCCGACGUCUAAGGAGCCACGUCCCAACGAGGCCUUGUGGACGCUCCUUUCUGCCGCCCUGCUCUAACGGAUGACUCUUGUAGUUGAAGUGUUGAUAAGCAUGUCAUCAUGAUGGCACGCAAACAGGCUGGAAAGUGGGCGAAGUAUGGUAAAAGGUACUGUGGAGACUGGGAAGGAGAGGCUGGCUUAAAAGACUGGGUUCGAAGAGUACCAGGAGAUGACUCAAAAGCAGCAUGCAGAUACUGUAUAUGUGAAAUCAGAGCUCACCAUAGUGAUCUUGUUGCACACAGUAAAACAAAGAAACAUAAGAAGCAUGUUGCUUUGCUUUCACAGCCUUCACACAAUGCGGAAAAACAUCCAUUUGAGUUUGAUAUGCGGCACUCGUUGCAACUUGAAAAGCAAGUUUCUUUUGAAGCGGAGCAAGACUCGUUUGAUGAAUUCAAGCAUACAGAAAUGGAUGAAUCUGUAAACGUGUGUGCUCUGAAACUGGCAGCACAUAUAGCUUGCCACAUGAGCAUUUUUACUGUAGAUCACCUUGGAUGUAUUAUUGGUGGAAUAGCAGAGAAAGACAUAAGCCUUCAUAGGACAAAGUGCUCAACAAUUAUUAGAGAUAUUAUAGGUCCUACUGUUCAUACGGAGCUUCUUCGGGACAUUGGCAAUGGAUACUACUCGUUGAUCAUUGAUGAAAGUUUGGAUGUGUCCUCCCAGAAACAACUGUGUUUGAUGGUGAGAUACUUCAGCAACAAGCUUAAAUGCAUUGUAUCCUCCUUUGUGGGGAUAAUUACUUUGACGGCAAGUGAUUCUGAUUUAAUCACGGAAGCCCUCUUAUCAUUCCUAAAUGAAAAUAAACUGAACAUAAAGAAGUGCGUUGGCAUUGCUGCUGAUGGUCUCAGUGCAAGUAUAUGUGGCCAUAAAAAUUCACUCCUUAAGAAAUUUUAUGAACUCAAUCCUUGCGGUGUCUUUAUUAAGUGCAUAUGUCACUCCCUCUAUCUAUGCUUAUCAAGAGCUAUAGAUGUGCUUCCCCUGAACUUAGAAUAUAUGAUUUCACAGACUUAUUUGUGGUUUUCUCACAACACAUUUCACCAGAAACGGUACUCUGAGUUGUAUGCCGCAAUCAACGUUGGAGAGAAUGCACUGAAAAUGCUGCAAUUUACUGACACACGAUGGCUUUCCAUUAGCCCUUGCAUUAAUAGAAUACUUAGCCAGUAUGAUACUUUGAGGCUGCAUUUUCAGUCUGUAAAAGACAAUGAAAAGGACUACAGUGCUGAGCUCCUCUAUCAAAUGUACUCUGAGCCUGUUAACAGACUUUAUCUUGUUUUUCUUCAGCCUCUUGUCCAAGAAGCAAAUAGGAUCAGUAAGUUAUUUCUCUUGGAAACUGUUAAUCCAGUUAAAGUAAUUACUGAGUUAGUGAUGUUCUAUCAGAUUCUAUUACAAAGAAUUGUGAAACCUUCUGCCUUUCCAACGUGGUCAUCCAUAAUGAACUAUGAUUUGCGAAGCAAGCGAAACUACCUGCCCCUCUCAGAAGUUAAUCUUGGGCAAGUGUUUCUCUCAGAAUUAGUAGAUGCCAAACUUCCUUCUCAAAUUGUAGAGGUCAUUCAAAUGAAGUGUCGGGAUUGUGUUCUUGAGCUUGUAAACCAAAUAAAGAUUCGCUUGCCCCCAAAUGUACAUCAUCUUGAAUCACUCAGUACGCUUAAUCCUUCAGUGGUUCUGAGUCCUCUAAGACCUGCGUUCUUAACUUUAUCGUUUCUGUCCUUAUAUCGAGGAGAUCAUUUGAAACUGGAACAGCAAUGGAGAAAUCUAGAUACAGUUUCUUGGACAAAUACAGAAGAUAGCCAGAUAGAACAAUUCUGGGUAGAAGUUGCAAAACACACUGAUGAAGUGGGCGAUAAAGAUUUCGUUGAGCUAGGAUUAUUCGCCCUUGCACUUCUCACCUUGCCUUUCAGCAGUGCAGCAGUGGAAGGCACAGUUUCACAAAUGAAUCUGAUUAAACACAAGUUAAAGAAUAGGCUGCAGGACAGCCUGCUUGAAAACAUCCUAAGGAUCAGAGCCUAUAUGCACAGAAAUAAGAUUUGCUGCAAUCAGUUCCAACCAUCCAAAGAGAUGAUUUCUUUGUUCAGUAGUGAAUUUUAUGCUGUGGCUAAUAGCAAGGAUAAUACACAAGGCUACGAUGAUAUAUUUUGAAAACCAUGUAAAUGCAGAGGAUUCUUAAGGUACAAGAGCACUGAUUGACUUGUAGUUGUACUGUUUGCCUUCCUUGACAUUUUCUCACUGUUGAAUUCUGUUUUUAGUGUCUGUCUCAAUCAGUUUUUCAAUUCUGUAAUUUUAAUUGAAACUUUCUGUUUAUUACUGAACAAGUAGCAAAUUACAUUUAUGUAAAGUAAACAUAUAGCUUAUAUUUCCCAUGCGCUGUGACUUCCAUGUGUAAUUGUUGCUGAGGUUCAUGUUCAAGGCUUGCAUUAGCCCAACGGAAUGUUUUACUUUCCUCAGCCUUGAAUCAGCCAACUGCUAUGCCAUAUCGCAAACUGAUUUUGAAAUAUCUCUCAGUUUCAGAAUAAUUUAGGGUGCAAUCCUAUGCAUGUUUAGACAGAAAAAGUCCAAUUGUAGUACUUUUUUCUGUCUAAACAUGCAUAGGAUUGUGCCCUAAGUUUUGUAUGUUAUGUGAAUGUAGGAACACAGACAUAGAACUAGUCACAGUACUUUACAUCUUGGCCAUCACUUUGUGAAACCCUUUGAACCAUCUACAGCUGAGCACUACAGUAAGACGUCCAAUUCAGUGAUGAGAGAAAAACCCUAAAAUAAGCAUGCUAAACUUGGUUUGCUUAGGGCACAA